GUCGGUGUGUGACUCAUAGCAAAGUACAUGAAGUGAAGGACUGCACUGCUCCACGUCACAGGAAAACAUGCAGAGCAUGAGCUCUCCGGGAGGCAAUGGCCUCUCCGAGGACCAGUUCAGCUGCUCCAUCUGUCUGGAGGUGUUCGUGGAGCCCGUCUCCACUCCCUGCGGCCACAGCUUCUGCAAGGCCUGCCUGCAGGGCUACUGGAACCACAGCAAGAAGUUCCUCUGCCCCAUGUGCAAGAAGAGCUACUCCAAAAAACCCGAGAUGAGCGUCAACAGGGUCUUGGCUGAAAUCUCCUCCCAGUUCCAGGGGCUGAUGCUGGCCGGGGGAGCUGGAGGGGCCGUGGGCGCUGGAGGGGCCGUGGGCACUGGGGGAAACUCAAAGGGAUCCACUCUGAACCUGAGCUCAGAUAUGAGCCACGGGGGCUCCACAGGGUCUGACAACGGGGAGUUCGCCCGGGCGGGGGAGGUUCCCUGUGAUGCCUGCAUUGGGAGGAAGGUGAAGGCGCUCAAGUCCUGUGUGAACUGUCUUGGAUCGUUCUGUGAGGUUCACCUCCGACAUCACAAAAAGGUGAAGUCUCUGAUGUCUCAUCGUCUGAUUGAACCCACUUUCUACCUGGAGGACAAGAUCUGUAAGAAACACGAACGUCUUCUGGAUGUCUACUGCCGCACGGACCACACCUGCAUCUGCACGGCCUGCGCCGAGGCCACGCACAAGUCCCACGACAUCGUCUCCAUUGACCACGAGUGGAAGAAGAGGAUGAGUAAUCUGAGUAAGAAGAAGUCGGAGCUGAAACAUUUGAUCAAGGAAAGAACCAAGAAACUGGACGAGAUCAAACAAUCCAUCAAGGUCAUCAAGGCCAGCUCUCAGAAGGAGCUGGAGGAGAGCUGGCAGGUGUACGCGGAGCUGCAGCGCAUGGUAGAGCAGAGUCAGGCGGAGCUGGUGGAGCUGAUCGCCACGAGGCAACGUGAGGCUGAGCGUCACGCUCAGGAAAUGGCCCGCACUUUGGAGAACGAGCUCAGCCAGCUGAGGAGGAGGAGCAACGAGCUGGACGCCUGCGCACAGACCCAGGACAAAGUGGUCUUCCUGCAGAGCCUGGCGACGCUCCCGCCCCCGCCCGAGCCCACCGAUUGGUCGGCGGUCAGCAUCAACACUGACCUCUACCUGGGAACCAUCCGCUCCUCCGUCAGCAGCCUCAUAGACAAGUUCCAGGAGGAGCUCAAGAGGCUGUACGGGAAAGAGCUCCGGAAGGUUCAGAACUAUUCAAGUGAGGUGAUUUUGGAUCCUGCCACGGCCCAGAGGAACCUGGUUGUGUCCGAUGACGGCCGCCAGGUGAGAUAUGAAGAGCGAAGGUCCACCCACUCUGAGGGUCAGAAACGCUUCAGUCCCGCCCUCUUCGUCCUGGGCCGAGAGGGUCUCCACUCUGGGCGACACUACUGGGAGGUGGACGUGGGGCGCAAGACGGCGUGGACGCUUGGCAUGGCCAGCACCUCAGCCCGCCGCAAGGGUGAGAUCAAGCUCAGUCCAGAGGGGGGAUACUGGUGCCUGUGGCUGAAGAACGCAGAGGUAAAGGCUUUGGCAUCGUCGCGUCUGCCUCUACUGCUGCCGACCCAGCCCUGUAAAGUGGGAAUCUUCCUGGAUUAUGAAGGAGGCCAGAUUUCUUUCUAUGAUGUGAAGGCGCGUCUGCAUCUCUACACGUUCGUCGAUACUUUUAAUGAGAGUCUGUACCCAAUCUUCAGCCCCUGUCUCACCCAUGAGGGGAAGAACUCUGCUCCUCUCAUCAUAACCCCUGUUAAACACACCUGAUACUGACAGCCAAUCAAAGCCUGGCAAGGCAUAGGUAAAACAUCUUCAGGUCAAAAAAAGAUUGAUGAUUCUGUACUUUAUUUGGUCUUAAAAUAUGAAAUUUACUUCUCAGUGAUCCAAUUUUAUUUAUAACAGUUUGACUUGUUUGCAAAGCACUUUACGUCAAACAUCUUUCAGCAAAAUAAAAACAAAGCAAGUCGUUUUGCAUAUCAAACCUACAACAUUGUCUCAUUAUAUGGGCAUGUUAUUGCAUUUGCUCAAGUCUCAAUACAGGUACCAUAAAGGCUACUAACCCAAUGAAAUCAAAGCAUUGUGUUAUCAGUGUGUGUUUGGAUCCGAGGAAACUAAAAUGUAACAUGUUUGGUACUUUACUGACUGAUGACACAUUACAGAGAAAUGUAUUUGAGAUGUGGUUACUCAAAAGUAGCCAAAAGUUUGUCCAUACUGUAGACUUUUAUUUAAAAUUGUAUGUACAUAUUUUGGUGAAAAUAACAUGAAGGACUACAGUAGGGCUGGGUAUUGGUACUCAGUCAAAAUAAAUCACUACCAAGUAGUAUCGAAACUUCUCCAGCCAAACAAUACCUGGCUGCAUUUGGUUCUUUUUGCAACCAGAGCUAGAAAAAAAUCCUUUUUGUAUGGUUUUGCUCACUGAAAAUCAUCACAAAUGUUCUUUGUUUUAAUGCAACAUGUGAUUGGUCUGCUACUGCAGCAGCUACAAGUCAAGUGCAGCAGUCGAGUUGGCAGUUCAGUGUGCUUAGAUGCCAUCAAAAUGUUCUUAGACAUGGCGAUACUACACACCUGUGGUGUCAGGUGGCAUUUGAUGCAAGUGAAUGCUUCAAUUUGCAUAAUGGGUAUUGAACGUAGAAAGUAGAAAAAAUGUAUUGAAUGAAGUACUCUAUUGUUAUUGGUAUCACUGUAAGGGUACUGACACUGGUAUCACAAAGGUACCCAAGUUCGAGAAUAGAGAGAAUUAUAAAGGCUACGUUUGCCCUGUGGCUCUCUCUCUUCCUCACUAGUUCCAAAGCCAGCAAGGGAACAUCUGGGGCCAGUUGCACAAAGAACCUUAAGUUUGCUCCUUUUUGACACUUAAGGCUUAGUUAAAAUACCUCGUCAGUAACUGACUGGAAAGAUCCCGUUGGGGCUGCGGAAAGUUGAGUGAUCCAAACCCAGACGAUCACAAUCAUAAAUUGACUUCGGUAAAAAUUUAAAGUGCAAAGUCAAUUGCUCAUCAUUAAGCAUCUCAAUCGGUUUCUCCAAACCCGGUCUUACUCUGAAGUCGUCGAAAUCUAGCGUUCAGGCAGUGACUUGCAGCAUCGGCAUGAUACGCGGUCGGACGCUGUUAUAGUUUAACGGUGCUCGGCAGUGUCAGGGGGAAAUGCGAUGGGACAAGAACGAAAGUUAAGGUGGAAAAGUCCAAGUAGGGCGGGUAUGAGGGGUGGGGGAUGGGUCCAACAAACACCAACUUUUACCCGGGAGAGUGGUGAUCGUGUCCUGUCAGAUUCUAAAGCCAAACCCUGUUCACUAUUCCUAAACCUAACCACGUGUUUUUGUUGCCUAAACCUAACCACGUGCGUUAGUUGUUGGAUUUGGAGUUGUUAGUACAUUUAUUUUGAAAGAGACCGUAUGUAAACGGUAAAUUUCCUGUGAAAACAGAAGUGUAUUUUGAAAACAGACAAUGCAUGAAACAGGCAGAACUUUACACGGCAUCCCAGAAUGUCAACAACCAACGCACCCAUGGAACCUUGCAUGUCUUAUCUGGACGUUGAAGGUCCAUGACCAAACGUCGAUAUGUGACGAGAUCUGAGUGAGAAUGUGUUGGUUCUCCCAGUCAUGGAACACUUAUCAGGAUGCCUUAAUUUUUCUAAUUUUUCUCAUCAACCAUGUUGCAGUUAAGAUGGAGUCAGGGUACUUUAUGUUUUUGUCCUUACUUUGGUUAGGUUCUUUGUGCAACGGUUUUCAACAAAUCUUUGGCAAUUCCUUAAAUGAAAGACUAAGAUAAGGAGAAAUAUUUAUCUUAAGUAAGUAACAUUUUAAGGAAACCUUGUGGAAAAGACUUGCGGAAAAUCUUAACUUAGGUGCUUUGUGCAACCGGGCCCAGAUUGUUCUCCCAAUGAAGAUGCCUCAACCUGCUCCGUCCAUCAGCGAACACGUUACAUGUCAUGUUGCUUGCUUGAAAAAACACUUGCUUCAGCUCAGUUUUUGCAAAGCUUUGCACACCUCCAACCUAUUUUCAGAUCAACAGAGAUUCCCUAGGCCCUGUCAGAGGUUUAAAGGCUCCUUGAAUGUUGUUGUCACACGUAAUAUAUUUGGACAAUUUUUCACACUCCGUCCACCAAAGUUUUCUUGCUUGUUAAAUAUUAGCUAAAGGUGUACAGGAGAGAGUUACAUUAGAGUAAUGCUGUACUUCUGGCACUUUUCUUACUGUUUAAGUUUUGUUGAAACUAACAGAUUAAAGCAAUGAAGUUUAAUAGAUGUAAAAUCACUGAGGUUUAGGCUUGCCUGGGGACCAAAUGAGAGAUUUUUGUACAUACUGAAGAACUCUGAAAUUGUUUGCAAUGGGUAUUUUUUCAGACUUGAUGUUGAUCCAGUACCAUUAAACUAUGUUCUGUAUUUUUGUAUCAUUUUUGUUUUUUCACCUUCUUUCUGAACUUGUUUAAUAAAGUUAAAGAUCUUUC